GUUGGAACGAACCGCUAAAAAGGAGGAGGUUUCGACGAUUUGUGGAGGGUGUCGGUGUGUCUCGCCGAAACAGGAAGAGGUUGAAGCAACGAAGGAAGAAACUGAUUUGAAUUUGAGUUUAAUUCUUCGAAUUCAUUUGGAUCUGAUCGAAAUGGCGGCGUCACGGCGGCUACGGGACCUUCAAUCACGGCCGGGGAAUAAGGUCUGUGUUGAUUGCUCCCAGAAGAAUCCGCAAUGGGCGUCCGUUUCGUAUGGCGUUUUCAUGUGUUUGGAAUGCUCCGGGAAGCACCGUGGCCUUGGUGUUCAUAUAUCUUUUGUUAGAUCCGUUACAAUGGAUUCUUGGUCUGAGAUCCAGAUCAAGAAGAUGGAGGCUGGGGGUAAUGAGCACCUCAACGCCUUUCUUGCGCAAUACGGAAUACCUAAGGAGACGGAUAUUGUGACUAAAUACAAUUCUAGUGCGGCUGGAAUUUACAGGGAUCGAAUCCAAGCCCUUGCCGAGGGCCGAUCUUGGAAGGAUCCACCGGCUGUGAAGGAAAACAUUGGAGCAGGAAAAUCGAGGCCUCCAUUGGCGCAAAGUGCUAGUGGAGGAGCAGGCAGCGGAGGGAGUAAGGUGAACAACGGAGGUUGGGAUAAUUGGGAUAGCGACGACAAUUUUAAACCGUCCAACGAUAUGAUGAGGCGUAACCAAUCGACUGGCGAUGUUCGAGGCAUGGGCGGUGGAGGGGUGCAUUCCAGGUCCAGAUCGACCGAGGAUAUUUACACACGGUCUCAAUUGGAGGCCUCUGCUGCAAAUAAAGACAAUUUUUUCGCUAAGAAGUUGGCCGAGAAUGAUUCCCGGCCCGAAGGACUUCCGCCAUCACAAGGAGGAAAAUAUGUUGGAUUUGGCUCCUCCAACAAUCAUGUACCAUCUCCAAGAAAUGAUCCCCAAAGUGACGUUUUCUCUGUUGUUUCUCAGGGAUUUGGUAAAUUAUCUCUGGCUGCUGCCUCUGCCGCUCAGUCGGCUGCAAAUGCUGUUCAAGCAGGCACAAAGGAGCUGACAACCAAGGUGAAGGAGGGAGGGUAUGAUUACAAAGUGAAUGAAACGGUGAAUGUUGUGACAGCAAAAACAACAGAGAUUGGGCAAAGGACAUGGGGAAUCAUGAGAGGUGUAAUGGCAAUGGCAUCAUUGAAGGUGGAAGAGUACGCCAAAGAUGGGAUGAACUGGAAGAACGAUGGGGGGCAAGGAAACGAGACUGAGAAAAAUGAAGAAAUUGAGGAGAAGGAGAAUGAUAAGAAAGGAGGAUGGAAUUGUUCUUCUGGUGGAACAGGACAAGCAUCAAACUCUUGGGAUGAUUGGGAUAAUAGUAAUACCAAAGACAACAGCAAAGAGGAAGGAACAACCAAAGGGAGUGGAUCCCAUAGUAAUGAUGGGUGGGCUGGGUGGGAUGAUCACAAAGAUGAUGGCUACGACGAUCACCAUUAUGAAGCAUCUGUUCCCAAAACUGUGGGCCAAAGCGGUCAAAGUGGGAAGGCCGGUGGCGGUGAUACAUGGUCGGAGGGAGGGUUUCAACUCUGAGGUAAAACCUCCAAUCAUAAACACUCUGCUUAUUAUGUUGUACUUCAACAAUUUAAUUCUCUCUACGUUUGAUUUGUAAUGAAUAGAAAUUAAUGACACUUCAACAAUGAAAAUUUAUUU